AGUCGCAGAAGCAGCAGACAGAGGGGACGCUUGGAUAGCUACAAAGUACCAUCUUUUUGUUGUUUCGUUGUGUUUAAAGAAACGUAUUUUAGGCAACACUUUUACAUUUUUUUUUACCAGUGUUGUCUUUUCGGUGGACCGUGACCAUGAGGAGGAGUGAAAUCCACGCUGCAGAGUCGGUAGAAUGUCUGAAUCGAGCCCUUAACCGGUUGAAGGACAUCUGGGAGGAAAUAGGGAUUCCAGAGGAUCAGCGACUACAAAGGACUGAUGUGGUUAAGAAACAUAUCAAAGGCUUGCUGGACAUGAUGAUCGCUGAGGAGGACAGUCUAAGGAAGAGAUUGAUGAGCAGUAUAGAGUCCUGUCGCAAAGAGCUGGAUGUUCUGUGCACUGAGCUUCAGCUAUCCCCGUUUGAGGAGGACGAGGGGAGGACAAUGCUGCAGCUGGAGAAGGACAUCCGGUCACGGCUGGAGGUGACGAUGAAACAGAAGAGUCAGAGGGUCAAGGAGCUCAAGACUCUGUCCAAGCAGGACCGGGAGCUGUGUGACAUCAUGUGUUCAGUCCCCUUCUGUAUCGACGUGGACACGGUCCCAUCCCUGGAACAACUGGACGGCUAUCGCUCCUACCUCAACGAUCUCACUAAAGAGAAGGAUCGUCGCCACAGUGAGUUUGUGGGCAUCAAGCGUCAGAUCAUUGUGUGUAUGGAGGAGCUGGACCAGCUGCCGGACACCAGCUUUGAGAGGGACGUGGUGUGUGAGGACGAGGAGGCCUUCUGUCUGUCCAACGACAACAUCACAGCUCUCCAACUGCUGCUGGGACAGCUGGAGGAUCGUAAGACGGAGAAUGAGCUGGUGUGCAACUCCUACCGCAGUAAGAUCCGGGAGCUGUGGGAGAGACUGGGGGUCCCCCAGGAGGAACGAGAGGGCAUGUCAGAACACGUGGUCCAGUCCAGGAAGAAAAACAUGGAGGCUUUAGAAGCGGAGUGCCGGCGCCUGGAGGAGCUGAAAAUGAGGAACAUGAGGAAUGUGAUAGAAGCCGUCAGGGCUGAGGUGGCUCUGUUCUGGGAGAAGUGUUACUACAGCCUGGAGCAGAGACAAGCCUUCGCACCCUACUAUGAUGCUGACUACACAGAGGAGCUGCUGAACCUACACGAGGCUGAGCUCCUGAGUCUGAAGAGGCAUUAUGAAGACCACAGGGAGCUGUUUGAAGGAGUCAGCCGGUGGCAAGAGAGCUGGACUCUGUUCCUAAGACUGGAGAAAAAGGUGACCGAUCCUUCUAGAUUCAACAACCGAGGAGGGAACCUACUCAAAGAGGAGAAGCAAAGAGCUGAACUGCAGAAAAGCCUGCCAAAGUUGGAGAAGAGCCUGAAGACCCAGAUAGACCUAUGGGAGGAGGAGCAGUACAGAGACUUCCUGGUUAAUGGACAGCGGUUCCUUCAGUUCGUACAGGAGCAGUGGGAACUACUGCGACUGGAGAAGGAGCGGGAGAAGAAUGAGAGGCAACUGAAGAAGAGCCAGCAGAUAGAACAAGACAUGCUGUAUGGCACUGCUCAACGAACCCCUUCCAAAAGACACCUUGCAGGGACCCCUACGCCUGGAAAAGCAAGAAAGCUCAAUGCCACUAGCAGCAUCUCCGGCUCUACUCCUAACAGCACCUUACGCUCUGCCUUCGGAGGAACCACGUGUCAGUCCCCAGUCCCCAGGCUGCCCACGUCUGUCAGCAAGCUUCCUCAGAGGACCCCGAGUCGUGUUGGAAGAACCCCCCGUACGUUGGAGAGGAACAAGGAGAACGUCUCCCACCCGAACGCCGCGGCUCUGAGCAGUGUGUUCAGAACCCCGGCCCGUAGCCCCGCCUCACGCCGUAACAUCAGCAUUAACACUGUCGCCGGCACCUAUUCUGAAUUUUCGCAAGUUCUCUCAAAAGCUUCCAAAUCUAACUUCAAGACAGGACAUCUAAACUCUACUGUUACUCAUCUCUGAGCUGAGGGAUCAGACACAACUGCACCUGUCCCUGAUUCAUCCCGCUAAGACACCGUUCGGCCUUGAGUUUAUCACCGUUUCUGUCCCUGUCCAUGUCUAGAUAAAGAAAAUGUAUUAACGCCUACUGAAUAUAAUCCAUUAGGAUCAGAACAGAACCCUGCGUCUCUCAGCGCAACUGUGUUCUAUCGCUGAGGUUUCCAAACUACUGCAUCGAUCCUGAAUCCUACAUCUUCACUCUGGCCUGGGGGUCUUUUCAGUUUUAAUCACUGUUUGUUGUCGGUGUCCAUGUCUAGAUGAAGACGUGUCAACACCUACUGAAUGUACUGAGCUCUACUGAACUUUUAAAUACUCUUGUCAGAUUUGUAAUAUAAUUAUUUUUUAUUUGAUUUUUAAGCUUUGAUCUGAGAUGAAUGAAAUGUUGGGAGGACUUGCUAGACCUACGUAAAAAGAGUUUAUGAAACAACCUCUGUUCAUAACGCUCCCAUGAUUUUUGUUUUAGAAAUCAUCCAUGCUGGUGCUAGAGUAAAUUGUUGUACUUCAUAUAAUUAUGGGUUG